GCAGGGAUCCACGAGUAGUAAACAAAAAGAGUGUGCACCUGAUGCGAAAGAAGAUGAUGAUGCCAUGUCAAUUGUGACUUGCUCAAAGAAUGCAAGCAUUACAGUGAGUGGCUGUGGGUCCAAAACUGCACGAGUCACAUUAAACCUAAUGACCGCCAAUGCACUUACUGGGUUGAAUAAUACGCUCACCCAGUUUGUGCCAAUAAUGAAAGACAUCACCAACACAAUCCAGUAUGAGUUUGGACCUGACCAGGCUUAUGCCCCUGCCAUUCCCCCUUUUACGCAACUUGGGCCCUCAGAUGUGCCUCCAACUCCUGCCUCAUUUAUUG